AUGUUUUACAGGCGCAUUUUCUCGAUAACUAUAAAUAUCAUCAUCAUAUUUACCAUACUCUUGUCUUUUAGAUUUACAAAGAAUGAGUUUCCCGAACAAGAACGUUCUCGUUUUACCGGAUAUUUGACAUGGCAUGGCAAACUCAGCCAUUUCGAUCAAGAAUCAUAUGACGCUUCGCUUUGGUUUUGGAUAGUCAUCAAUGGAUUGUCGGCAGUUUAUGCAUUUGUCUGGGCAUCAAAAAGAAAUUUGCCUAAAAAGGUUAUCACUUAUAUUUACCAAGAGAAUGGAAGUAGAACAACAUCACACUUCCUCAACGUAAUCAUUGCCUACUACAUCACAUUUACUUUUGUCUCUGGAUUUGCACUUUUCUUAUUUGACAAUGGCAAAAUGUUUUCAACUUUUGCAGCUUUUCACAAUGCCUUUGAACUGGCGAUGAUAUUGUUAUUUUUUCAAGGUGGAAAAAUCACCUUAAAAUAUUUCUAUGCCACUGUGGGUGGAUAUAUUUUCCUCGUAAACUUAUUGGAUAUUACACUUCCUUGGCCGAUAAAUGGACUUUGGUUUAAAGCUCAAGGAUUGUGUUUGGAUUUUGCCUUGUGUAUUGUUUUCACACGUACUUACAAGGCUACGCAAGAAUAUGUUGAAGGAUUAACUUCAGCUCAACUCCCCUUGGUAAAUGACGAAGAUCAUCCGUUCGAGGAAGAUUCAAGUAUCUCACCAUUAAUUAUUCAACAUCCUCAACAACUCCUAUUAUUGAUCUUCUCGUCAGCAAUUCACAUUGUUGGAAACGCUUUUGCGGCACUUUUUCCCUCUGAUGGUUGGGGGUGA